CGGCGAUAGCGCGGGGUCCCUCCGAUAAACUGAAAGCAGCACCCGAUGGCAGGCAUGCCAGGAGGCUAUUCAUCCAGUCCGGAGCCCAUCGUCACACGCUCGAUGGCAAGAGCAGCCCGAGCUCAGUCUGACUCACAAAGCACGCUUGACACGACCGACUCCUCCGAACUGGAUCUCGAGGACGUAUACUACAUACAGGAGACUGACGAGGAUGCUGAUGCGGCUUCGAUGGACGAAGAUGGCACCAUACGGCUCGCCGAUCUUGACGAAUUUGACGAGGACGAUGACGAUGAGGAUGAGGAAGAUGACUUUGAGCCUGAUGACGAUGAUGAAGCAGAAGAUGCGAUGGACACCGCCGAAGGUGCAGAAGCUAUCGAGAACAUGACGAUCGUCACCUCUUCGGGUGAACAGAUCAGACUGGCAGAAUUGCUCGCCGAUGAUCCGCCGCCGAGUGAUGAGGCAGCACCAGCCGGGGUGCCUCGUCGGCCUAUGGGUCGCACAGCCAUCCAGACGCUCUUGAGAGCGCUCGCAAGCGGACGAGCAACUGUCCGACGAGGACCGGCAGCGCAAGCAGCGCGUGAGGCGGAAGAGGAAGAGGAUGACGAUGGCGACUAUCAAGAAGAGGAGGAGGACGAUGCAUUUGGUGAUCUCUUCGGCUAUCGCAGAAGGCCGGCACGACGACAGCGUCCCCUGUUUGAACCGAUCAAGAAGCCACUCAAGGAAGGCGUCGCACUCGAGCGAUCAGGCGAAUUCGGCCGCCCUCCUCAAAGAUACUAUGCCUCUGAACAGCAGCGCACCCUCCAUGCCUCACGUAACGCCUUUGGUCUCGUGGAUAUGAUGCGCAAGAGGGAGACAACGCGUGGGCGACGUACUUUCGAAGACUAUUCCGAUAUUGCAAUACCAAACACAGACGGUACCGAAGUCGCUCAAUAUGGUUCAUCGGUCUAUUGCGGCCAGUACUCCGAGGACGGUUCCUUCUUCUAUACGUGCGCUCAAGACUUCAAGGUCAGGAUCUACGAUAUGACGGCACCCUUGCGCACGACUCGCAAGGGCAUCCUCGACACCUCCAAUGGGCCAUACCGCAAUCCCAAUCGGCGUGGCCAAGGUUACAGUGCAUAUCAUGAUGACAGAACGUCGCUCAAGUUGCUGAAGACGAUACGUGCCACGCACGAAUGUCGCUGGACGAUCACCGAUGCUAAUCUAUCGCCGGACAACUCUAUGCUGAUACACUCGACUAUUGGAUCAACAGUCAGUCUCAUCAAGACGCGUGAUGUCGAUGAAGGAAUCGAAAGCUCCAAUCAUGACCAGCAGCUGCUCAAAUUUGGUGCGCACGCCUAUGACGAUUUCGGCAUCUGGUCGAUCCGCUUCUCUGGCGAUGCCCGUGAAAUCGUGGCCGGGGCGAGUAGAGGCAAAAUCUUUGUGUACGAUGUCGAAGCAGGCAAGCCCGUCCUGCGCAUCCGAGCACAUGACGACGAUGUCAACGCCGUCUGUUUCGCCGACUCACUUUCUUCGAACGUCCUGAUCAGUGGAUCGGACGAUGGUCUGGCCAAAGUCUGGGACCGUCGCUCGCUUGGCGACGGUCGAAAGGCCGGCGUGCUCGUCGGACAUACCGAGGGACUGACCUUUGUCGCACCAAAAGGUGACGGCCGGUACGUACUCUCGAAUGGAAAAGACAGCUGCGCCAAGCUUUGGGAUCUUCGCAAGAUGUACUCUUCCGAAGAAUACGAUAAUCUUGAAAGACUCGAUGUUGGUGUGCAAGGCUUCGACUAUCGAUUUGGUGGCUACACAAAGCCCAAAUAUCGCCGCCAUCCUCAGACAUGCGAAGUCACUUCAUUCACGGGUCAUUCAGUCACAAAGACGCUCAUCAGAGCGCACUUUUCACCCAUCGCGACGACUGGCCAGAGAUACAUCUAUUCUGGUUCGGCAGAUGGCAGGAUUCACAUAUGGUCGCUGGAUGGUCAAGUCGUUCAGAUCCUUGACCGACGCAAAGCGACGCCCUUGUUUGGCUCAGACGGGGAACCGAAUGACCCUUCUGCGCCCGAAGCGCCGCCCAGUCAGCACAACUACGAUUCAGUCGUCCGGGACGUCAGCUGGGCACCCUUUGAGCCGACGAUCAUCUCGACAUCCUGGGAGAGCUCUGUCGGCUCGUCUGGCUCCAUCGCAAUGCAUGAAUGGAAAGCAGAAGGCAAGCAUCAUGAUGACAACCGAGGCAUUCAGCGCAAUUGGAAUCUCGCCUAUGCUAGUGCGCCGCUGCGCAGAGGCCUUGUCGCGACUCAGCAAGAUCACCGUCGCGCGCGAGCCGUGCUUUUGUCGUUUGAUGAGCUCUUGACCUGUGCCGAUCACCACAAUAUGCGCCGACUCGUGCUUGCCGCUGCUUGCUUCGUAUCUGCUGCAGCAGCCAAUCGUCUUGGGCCGCGCAAACUUGCUUUUGGCCGUGCAUCGUCUUUAUCAGAACAUGUUGCAGCGCUCCCGGGCGAGUCGGCUGCACCUUACCAAAACGUGCAAGUUACUGUUCCGCCUUUGCUCGGUGAUGCGAAGAAGCUCUGCGAUCAGGUUUUGCUCGAUCAAUAUGUGUUUGCCAACAGCUUCUACACGCCUGCUGCGAAUGUGCAGAUCAAGGGCUUUGCAGUACCAAGCGAAUGCGGCGCACUCGCAGACAUUGAUCGGCUCGUUCUUGAGCUGACUGUGCGCUCGAUCGGCACUCAGUACGAUCGUCUUUCAAACAUCUUUAUCAACGAUAUCGAGGUUCUGCGCACAUCGACAGCUGAACCCAUCAGACGACCGCCGGGUAUCACUUGGACUGUGACCAAGGAUAUCACACGCUACCUGGGUCUCAUCGACGCCAAGACCAAUCGCCUUGUCAUGCACCUCAACAACUUGCUCGACGCAUCGGCUGGGCUUGACGGCGUUUACAACGUCACUCUCAGCCUUCAAUACUAUUCCAAAGGUGACGGACGCCCUGCCACUAAGUCACAGGUGAUCUUGCCUCUCGGACCGGGUGCUCUGCACGACAAAUCGCAGUCGUCCGGUCUCUUCGUAUUGCCCGGCGAAAGCCGUGCAGAGACGAUUUUGCAGAUACCAGAGACGACAGUCAGUCUGCUCGCAGAGAUCUAUGCGAGUGGUGCUGCGAACGAGGAGUUUUGGUAUGCGUCUCCUGUCGAUGAGCUUGUGCCCGAGAUUGGACCGCAAGAAGGCAACCAUGGCCCAUUUCGAGAAGUUCAGCUGCACGUCGACUCCGUACUCGCAGGCGUUGUCUGGCCUUUCGCUGUGAUCUAUACCGGCGGGAUUUCGCCGGCUCUUUGGCGGCCUAUCGCAGCUUACGGCGCGUUUGAUGCCCCAUCAUACUGGAUCGAUCUGUCUCCUUUCAUACCGACGCUUGUAGAUGGCAGGCAUCAUUCAUUCGAGUUCAAAAUCAUUGGACAAGGGCCAGGAGGUGCUACCAACUCGAGCUGGCUCGUAUCAGGCAAUUUGCAGGCAUUUCUCUCGCCUACGGGCAAGAAACCUACUGGCCGGAUGAUCUCGACCACGAAUGAGCCGAUCGACGUUUCGUCAGAGAUCCUGCAUCUCAGCAAGGGCGAAUCGGGCGCCAUUGUCACUGCUAAGCGUGAUUUUACGAUCACUGCCGAGCUCGAUGGGCUUCUGACUACGUUCCAUCAAAAUCUGACGUUUACGAAUAAGCAGAUCUACACCGAUUCGACACAGAUCGUGAUUCAGGAUACAGGCUAUACAUCUAUGUCUGCACGUUCUGGGCACCCAAUCAUGUCUGUCCAGCAACGAUUCCCACUCCACAUGACGACGACGAUGACUGCGGCAGAUUCAAUCGAGGCAGUCGUCAAACAUGGCUACGAGUCCGUCUGGACAAAGUCGGGCGUUGCAGAUGGAGGUAGUAUCAAAACGGAGCAGAUGGGAGUCUCUAUGCUCAAGCUGGAUCCGAAGACCGGCCGUGUCACAGCCGGCACUGGGAAUACGACUCAGACCUACAGAUACCAGGAUGCAACGAAUCUCUAUACUCGUGACAUAGAGGCCCGUAAUCUGACGAUUGUGAGAGACGAAACCGGCGGCAACGUUGCUUGAGGCUGUAUGCUUGUACUUCGAUAUGCAGUUUUUUGAUCAGAAC